AUGAGUUGCAACAUGUCCAAUGCCUUGGCCAAUGCCAUGUGCCAGCGCUGCCAGGCCCACUUUGCCCCUGCUGAAAGGAUCAUCAACAGCAACGGGGAGCUGUACCAUGAACACUGCUUCGUGUGCACCCAGUGCUUCCAGCAGUUUCCUGAGGGGCUCUUCUAUGAGUUUGAAGGUCAGAAGUAUUGUGAACAUGAUUUCCAAAUGCUGUUUGCUCCGUGCUGUGGAUGCUGUGGUGAGUUCAUCAUUGGCCGUGUUAUCAAGGCCAUGAACAACAACUGGCACCCUGGGUGCUUCUGCUGUGAGCUGUGUGACAUGGAGCUGGCAGACCUGGGCUUUGUGAAGAACGCGGGCAGACACCUCUGCCGGCCUUGCCACAACCAGGAGAAGGCCAAGGACCUGGGCAAGUACAUCUGUCAACGGUGCCACCUGGUCAUUGAUGAGCAGCCUCUCAUGUUCCGGAAUGAUGCCUACCACCCAGACCACUUCAAUUGUACCCACUGUGGUAAGGAGCUGACAGUGGAGGCCCGUGAGCUGAAGGGAGAGCUCUUCUGCCUGCCGUGCCAUGACAAGAUGGGUGUGCCCAUCUGUGGGGCUUGCCGCCGGCCCAUUGAAGGCCGUGUGGUCAACGCGCUGGGCAAGCAGUGGCAUGUGGAGCACUUUGUCUGUGCCAAAUGUGAGAAGCCAUUCCUUGGGCACCGGCACUAUGAGAAGAAGGGCCUGGCCUACUGUGAGACCCACUACAAUCAGCUUUUUGGGGAUGUCUGCCACAACUGCAGCCAUGUGAUCGAGGGUGAUGUGGUGUCAGCCCUCAACAAGGCCUGGUGUGUGAACUGCUUCUACUGCUCCGCCUGCAACAGCAAGCUCACCCUGAAGAACAAGUUUGUGGAGUUCGACAUGAAGCCUGUGUGUCGGAAGUGCUAUGAGAAGUUCCCGCUAGAGCUGAAGAAGAGGCUGAAGAAGCUGUCAGAGCUGACUUCCCGCAAGGUCCAUCCCAAGGCCAUGGACCUCAACUGUGCCUGA